CACACGGCCCCUGGACCGCCUCUCACACACGGCCCCUGGGCCGCCUCUCACACACGGCCCCUGGACCGUGGUAACCCAUCAAUACCAACAGUAACAACAAUGGCAGCAACACUCAGGGUGCUACAGCCGGGUUUCCUUCACUACCGACAACUAUCAUGUAGUGCUGUUGCAUAUAGAAAAAUCAUUAAAGGCCCUGACAUAGAAUUGAAAGAAAGACUGUGGCAGCUGGAGUUUCAUCAAAAGGAAAAGGGAAUUGUUUAUGACAAAAAACCCUUUAGAAUUACAAUAAAAGCAGGCAAAAAGUACUUGUGGUGUGCUUGUGGACAAAGCAAAUCACAGCCCAUGUGUGAUGGUACACACUUGAAUACACAACUGAAAAUCAAACUUAAGUGUCUGGUGUUUAAAGCCCCAGAAACUAAAGAGGUGUGGCUCUGCAACUGUAAGCAGUCCAGAAAUCCUCCAUUUUGUGAUGGCACACACCGUAGUGAAGAAGUUCAACAAGCCAUCAAGGAUUAAUAGUGUGAUGAGAGUGGAAAAUCUCGAAUCAUUCCAGUCUCAUGUAUUCAGAACAUUGAAUCAACCAUACGGGGUUAGCAAUUAUUUGUGUCUGUAAUAAUAAUAACCCAGAAAACCAGAGGUGGGAAAUGCAGUGCAUGCAAACUGAAGAAGGAAUGGGAUGUUGCAGUUCAGAAGGUCAUUUGAAAUGUGAUGUCAAUAUGUUUCUGGUAAGACAGUGACUGAAUAAAUGAGGGUGAAAGAGUUUCCUGCUUUUCGGGUCUCCCUACCUUGGUGGGAGACUGCCAGUGUGUUAAAAUAAUAAAUGCAGAGUUAUUCUAAUUUACAACUAUAUAAAAAAAUAUCUGCAUACUGUACUCCUUUAAUGUCAUAAGCAGUGGUUCAAAAUUUAGGAAUAGUUUGUUGAUAUUUAAAGUUCUGACACUCAUACUUCUAACAGAAACAGACAUAAGUUCCUCUGCAAUUUGGUGGAUUUGUUCUACCUUGCCUAAGAACGGUUAGCUAACUUCCCUUUAGGUUGCAGUUCAUGUGCUUUUAACAGAUGCAUAUGGUAAAUAUUUCAUUUGGAUCUUGAUUCUCCUUUUAUAGUCAAGAAAUAGUCUGAAUGAAUGUGAAAUCUCUCCUUUAAUGCAAUAUUGAUAUGAGUAAUAAUUCACAUAUUUUGAAUUCUGUUUUGAUGGAUUUAUAUAGUUGUAAAUAUUAAACUUUAUGCAGUAUUUUUGUUUAUGUAAAUAAAGCUUUGUAACUAAA